AUGGCACAGAUCCUGAAAGAUAUGGGAAUUACAGAGUAUGAGCCAAGGGUUAUAAAUCAAAUGUUGGAAUUUGCUUUCCGAUAUGUGACUACAAUUCUGGAUGAUGCAAAAAUUUAUUCAAGCCAUGCUAAAAAACCUAAUGUUGAUGCAGAUGAUGUGAGACUGGCAAUCCAGUGUCGUGCUGACCAAUCUUUUACCUCUCCUCCCCCAAGAGAUUUUUUACUGGAUAUUGCAAGGCAGAAAAAUCAAACCCCUUUACCACUGAUUAAGCCAUACGCAGGACCUAGACUGCCACCUGACAGAUACUGUUUAACAGCUCCCAACUAUAGGCUGAAGUCCUUGAUUAAGAGGGGACCUAACCAAGGAAGAAUAGUUCCACGAUUAAGUGUUGGUGCUGUUAGCAGACCUACCACUCCUACUAUAGCAGCCCCACAGACAGUAUCUGUCCCAAAUAAAGUUGCAACUCCAGUGUCAGUGACAAGCCAAAGAUUUACCGUGCAGAUUCCACCUUCUCAGUCCACACCUAUCAAACCAGUUCCUGCAACAACUACAGUUCAAAAUGUUCUGAUUAAUCCUUCAAUGAUUGGGCCCAAAAAUAUUCUUAUUACUACCAACAUGGUUUCAUCACAGAACACGACCAAUGAAACAAACCCAUUGAAGAGAAAACAUGAAGAUGAUGAUGACAAUGAUAUUAUGUAAGGAAUGUAGUCUAGCCUAGAUGAAUUUCAAAAGUAUAAUUCAUUUUGAGCCCAGUAUAUUGAAAUAGAACAUUCUGGGUCUUCUCAAGCUUAAGCAAACUUAAAUAUAUCUGCAAUAUUUUUCACUUUAGCUAAAAAUUUAGGUGUCUUUAUAGUAAGAGUAGAAAUGUUUUUACAUUAAGUUCUAAGUACAAAACGUUAAGAGUUGUUUAAUGUUGAGUCCUAUGGCAAUUCUAUUUUUAAAAGUUAAUUUCCUGCCAUGUAUAACUGACAGGCAACACUUAAGUUUUUCAGUUUCUACAGUCUGGUCAGACUACUCUUUGACAGCUAAUUUCUAAUCUACAUUUAAAUAUUUUCUUUUUUAAGAUAAAUGGUUACUUUUAUUGUCACUAACUUUUUUGAACAAAUCUCUCA